AUGGACGAGCUACCAACCGAAAUCAGUAUCGUCACGCUCAACUGCUGGGGCCUCCGCUUCAUCUCCAAGUGGAGGGCCCAGCGGAUAGCCGAGAUCGGGCGCCGCCUCGCCAUCGCGGCGCCUGCUAUCGUGGCCCUGCAGGAGGUCUGGAGCGAGACCGACUACGAGAGCAUCCGGCUCGAGACCCGGGCCGUCCUGCCCUAUGGCAAACUAUUCCACGGUGGCGUUGUGGGCUCCGGCCUCGUCAUCCUGUCUCGCUGGCCCAUCGAGGACACCAGCCUGCAUGCCUUCCCGCUCAACGGCCACCCGACGGCCAUCACGAAGGGUGACUGGUUCGCCGCCAAGGGCGUCGCCUAUGCUCGCAUACGCUACGGCCCGGCGCGCCACCACAUCAUCGAGGUCUUCAACACGCACACACAUGCCGCGUACAGCGAACCCGAUCAUGACCAGUACGCGCCUCACCGGGCUGCCCAGGCCUGGCACUUUGCCAAGCUGCUCCGCGCCGCCGCCGACCGCGGCCACCUCGUCAUCGGCCUCGGCGACCUGAACGCCCCUCCGAAGUCGCUGCCCCAUCGCCUCGUUCUCUCCGAGGCCCCCGUGAUGGACGCUUGGCAGGCCGUGCACGGCGACGACGCCAGCAACGGAAACAUCAGCGGCACCAUCCCGACCGCCGACCGUAACCUCAACGUCAACGGCGUCACCUCGGACAGCGCCUACAACACAUGGGGCUGGAGUUGUUCGCGCCAGCGCCGCCUGGGCGCCCCGCCGCGCGUGGCGGAGUCGGGCGGCAGCGGCGCGACCCGCAAGAAGGCGCUCACGCGCAAGGCCAGCCGCCACAUGAGCCUCGUCGAGGUGAGCGACCUGCGCGCCACCACCAGCAACCUGGCCAUCGAGCGCCCACGCGUCGUGGCCGCCUGGGAGGAGGACCCGGGCAUCCACCCCAGCUGCCCGGACGCCAAGGCCCGCAGGAUAGACUACGUGUUUGCCGGGACCGGUGACCGGGACCUGCUGGGCGGCGAGUGGGGUGUCCGGUCCGCUGCCGUCGGCAUGGUCGCGCGCCACCGCGUCCUGGGCUGCUCUCUCAGCGAUCACUUCUCCGUCGACGUUACGCUCGAGUUUCGGCCCAGGACCCCGGCCGACGACGGGGCCGGGUCGAGGAACCGGAAGAGCGUGCUAGGCGGCGGAGCCUUUGGCGCCGGCGCCGGCCACGGCUUCGGCUUCAGGAACAGCGAGGCGGCCCUGGCGGCCGCCGGCCCCGCCCUCUCGCCCGAGAAGUCGGUGUCCAGGCGCGGGUCUAGCCUCUUCUCCAUCGCGGCCAUGAAGCCGCGCAAGAGAGGCGCCGCCGCCGCCCAUUCUGUCAGCGACAUGGACGACAGCCGCACGAUACGCGUCACCCGGGGCACAUACCUCCAGAGCCCUGCCCCUUCCAUCCUCGAGACAGCGAGCGAGCCGACGGGGGCCGAGCGCGACCACCCGGGAGCAGCACCACUACAGCCAACAACAACCGCAACUGCGGCGGCCGCCGCCGCCAUGUCGGGAGGCCAGCGUCUGGAGGAGAAGCAACGAGCAGCGACGCGGGACUACGACGAGCUGCUGGAGCUGGCCGACGCCUGCUUCGAGCGCGAGGAGAUGUCCAUGUUCUGGCGCACCGUGCGCUUCGUCACGGGCGUCCUGACGUGGGUCGGCUGCCUCGUGGCCGUCUGGUUCGUGCCCGUCCAGCACGCGUCCUACGUCUCCUUCGUCCUCGUGCUCGUCGGCGGCCUGGCCCUCUGCCUCGGCGCGCUCGAGGGCAUCGUCGGCCUCCUCUUCAUCCCCUCGGAGCUCCGGGCCCUGCGCGAGUUCGAGUGGGAGGUGGCCAACGCCAGGGCCGCCGCUGUCGCUACUGCUGCCACCUCGGCCGCCGUCGCCACGAGCAGGCUGACGCAGCAGAGCUUUGCCGUUUCAUCCUUUACCACCCCUUCUGCCAUCGGCAAAGCCUGGUGA